GCUUGCUGGGUCGUCCGAUAAUAAUCACCUGCAAUGCGUCCGGUGUUCCAGUACCAGAGAUGAAGUUGGUUCGUGGAAGCAAAGAUCUCAAAGCAAAUACUACGCAGAAUUCAGUUUUAUCUUCUCUGGUAUAUCGCAUUAACGUAACAAAUACAGACGAUAUUGGUGAUUACAAAUGUAUUGCUAGAAAUAAGUUGAAAUCCGAGGAAAUAGAUAUCACAUUGAGUGUCCCACUAGACAGACCGGAAAUAAAAGACGUGAAGCCCACGUGUGAUGGCGUGAGUUUCUCGUGGGCUCAUGAUAAACGGGGUUAUAUUGUGGUUGAGGAAUACGAGGUGACGGUUAGACAAUCUGCAGAUCGUAAGCUGGUAAAAGUAUCCUUACUUUCAAGCAAUACAUCUCAAAAGACAUUUUCAGGCCUCGAUGAAAAUACUGAUUAUGAACUGGCAGUUAAACAAAAGACUAAGGUCGAAAAUAUUGGAUUGAAAGCUACUAAAGUGACAACUACUACCACAUGUCCGUUGAAAGAAAUUAGAAAUGCGACUAUAAAUGAGAAUUCAGUGACACUUUACUGGCCCGAAGUUCCAAAGGAUAAUGUUGAAUAUAUAAUAGAGUAUGGGAUUAAUGAUCAGCGUUCGAGAGAAAAAACGAAUAAAAUUUAUUGGAAGAUAUCUGAUUUGGAUUAUGGAAAAACAUAUAAGUUUCAGGUGUUUUAUCAACUGGGAGGAAUAGAGAAACCGCUUACAGACAUACGCAACAUUUCAAUCCCACCUCGGCCUCCGCCAACACCCACGCCUACCGAAGAUCUUACAACCACAAAACGUUCAAAUAUGACGACAAGUGACCCAACAACUGAGAGACUGCCUCCAGGCCAAGUGGCACGCAAAAAGGGGCUAAGUGGCGGUGCCAUAGCUGCUAUUGUCAUUGUUAUUAUCCUACUUGUUCUUAUAGCAGUAGAUAUAUUCUGCUGCUUCUUUAAUCAUUGUGGUGUGGUGCAUAUGUGUGCUGCUGCUUGUUCUGGUAAAGGACGUGAAAAGUAUACUGUGGAUGGCUCUCCAGAAGAGGGAACUAAAUUAAAAGAAGUAAACGAAGAAGGGAAAGAAGAUCCCGGGGCCUAAUUUAGCACAGCAUAAAAGGAGAUAGGCGUUUUUAAAGAGUAAAGAACAUAAAGAAGCGUUUAGGGGGUUUUAACAAUUAGGCAGUUUGUGCAACUUUGCGUAUCGUUUUCACCUUCGCUUUUUACUACCUUUCACUGGGCUGACAAUAAAAAGCGAUUCUGAAAACGACACAUGGUGCGCAUUAAUUUAUCUUAGCAUUUGAUUUGAUUCUUCAACUAUGUCGCAACCAGACAAGUAUUACGUUGUUAUAGGAAUAUUACAAUAUUCCAGCAGAUUUGCCCAGGAGUUCGUACACUGUUCAUACUUUCGACUUCGUUAAAUUUCGUACCGGACUCUACCCUUAUGUGUAUUCCAGUAGGACUAAAAAGUCUUUAAAAAUGUUUGAAUUUUAGACCUUGUUAAUUUUAAAACGCCCUGGGAACAAGACUGCAUGCUCAUCCCUAGGAUAUUGCAGCAUGAAAAAUAUACAGAUUCAGACGCACCGGCAUCGUUAGUAGGACAUUGUUUACGAAGAGAAAACGCUGAUCUUCGUGAAAGAUACUUUAAAUAUCAUUGUUAAUCAUCUUGUGAUGACGUUGUAAGAUGAACGAGUGCUGUAGUUUUUUAUGUUAAACCUGUUAUGCCCGAAUAGACAUAUAUAUCUUGUAUUUUAUGACAUAAAUUAUUAAUUUACACAGUAUGCGUGAAUUUGUAUUUUAUUGCACCGCAUUUGUACUUUUGC